UUUAUACUAGAACUACGUCCGUGUUCGCGGGGACAUGCGAUAAACAUAUUAGAACUGCAUCCAUUUAUUGUUUUUAUUUUUCUUCCUUUUAUGCUGGUAGUCGCCGUGACUUGUGAAAUGGUCGGUGAAGUUGCUUUGCUUUUUCUGGUCCGUACAAUGUCAAGCGACACUUCCCAAACAGUUGGUGGAUCUCCUCCGUUUCAGGUUUUCGGGCUACCUUGGCCGGAUCUUAACGACGGACUAUUCUAUAACGACUCCGUUUCAUCCUCCGACUCCGAGUUGAGGCUGAUCGAGUUCUGCUCUCUCAAGUACAAAAAUUCUGCUUCGUUGCAAGGCGAAUGGUCUAUCAUAGGCUACGUUGGAAAGAGCCAGAGGCACCGCACUUGCUUCAAGUUUUAUUAUGAAGAUGAUGCACGGAGGACUUUUCCGGCAGCGAACUGUUUUGACACAGCUUCAGUGGAGGGUGAGCAAGCAGGGAUCUUCCUAGAAAGCCAGGAACUCCAACUUGUUCCUGUAAAUCGCCUUGGAAGGGGAACAUUGGGUCAAUAUUGAGUCUGGAAGGCCUCACCAAAUUCUCAUUCAUCUUUCUUACAUCGGGCAUCCCUUUGGGUGAUCCUCUCUAUGUUGCUGGUGGGCAACUAAACGUCUUUGAUUCUUAAUUUGCAGAUGAUUUAAAAUAUUUUUCUAUGCAAGAAAGCUGAUAUAUGAACAAAAUCGACUGUGCCAAAGAAUUGUAGG